ACAGACAUCUCCAACUUCAGUUUGAGCCGCUCGGGCAGCACAGACGUCUGUCCGGAUGGAGGACUAACCGCUCACCUAAUCUGGGUCACUCCUCUUUAUAUGACCCGCAGAUGGGCAUGUAGCUUCUUGUGUUUCUUCUAAAUACUUCGCCUCUAUUUUCGUGCUAAAAUGGGUUCCCUUAGCAUGUUUAUUCACAGGGGUCUGAUUGUGAGAGCAUUAUGUUGCUUGCACAGUCAGCGUGAUUUGCUAUGGUGAUACUACAGGAAGCUAACCCCGAGCUAGCCCAGGGAUCGUUUUUGGGAGAUACCUUUUUUUUGGAUAAAGCCACACGCUAACGCGUGAAUCAGACACUUGUUGUUAACCUUCAUUGAAGUGGAAUAUCGAAAGGGAAUGUCGAACCAAGGAGUUAGGAGAAAUGGCCCAGUAAAGCUGCGGUUGACAGUCCUCUGUGCAAAGAACCUGGCAAAGAAAGACUUCUUUCGUUUGCCAGAUCCUUUCGCUAAAGUGGUAGUGGACGGUUCUGGACAAUGCCACUCAACAGAUACUGUGAGAAAUACUCUUGAUCCAAAGUGGAAUCAGCACUAUGAUCUUUACAUUGGAAAGUCAGACUCAAUCACAAUCAGUGUCUGGAACCACAAGAAGAUCCACAAAAAGCAGGGCGCAGGUUUUCUCGGCUGCGUCCGUCUUCUGUCCAACGCCAUCAACAGACUCAAAGACACGGGCUAUCAGAGACUGGACCUGAACAGGCUGGGCCCCAACGACAACGACACUGUUAGAGGACAGAUAGUGGUGAGUCUUCAGUCCAGAGAUCGCAUUGGAUCAGGUGGACCAGUGGUAGACUGCAGUCGUCUGUUUGACAAUGAUUUACCGGACGGGUGGGAGGAGAGGAGGACCGCGUCUGGAAGGAUACAGUACCUAAACCACAUCACUCGCACCACACAAUGGGAGAGACCCACCAGGCCAGCGUCAGAGUACUCCAGCCCAUCAGGGCGACCACUGAGCUGCGUAGUGGAUGAAAACACACCAGUAAUGACUCCCGUUAACGGGGCUGUUGCCAGCGGGCCUCCAGGUGAACAGAGAAACCAGGAAAGAAGGGUUCGGUCGCAGCGGCAUCGUAACUACAUGAGUCGAACACAUCUGCAUACUCCUCCUGAUCUGCCUGAGGGCUACGAGCAAAGAACAACCCAACAGGGCCAAGUGUACUUCCUCCAUACACAGACCGGAGUCAGCACUUGGCAUGACCCCCGAGUUCCCAGGGACUUAAGCAAUGUAAACUGUGAGGAGUUGGGGCCACUUCCUCCAGGCUGGGAGAUCAGAAACACUGCCACCGGCCGCGUGUACUUUGUUGACCACAACAAUCGAACAACACAGUUCACAGAUCCACGACUGUCUGCUAAUCUGCAUCUAGUUCUCAACAGCCCAAGUUCAAAUGGUUCCCGUGUGGCCACGGACAGCCAAAACACUAACCUCAGUCAUCCGCCGCAGUUAAAGGACCAGGGAGGUCCUGGCGUGCCUCCGCAGGCGCUGUCUCCCGCUCAGUUACCCGAAGAGGCCGAGUGUCUGACAGUGCCCAAAUACAAAAGGGACCUGGUGCAGAAGCUGAAGAUUCUCCGGCAGGAGCUCUCUCAGCAACAGCCCCAAGCUGGCCACUGCCGCAUCGAGGUCAGCCGAGAGGAGAUCUUUGAGGAGUCGUAUCGGCAAGUGAUGAAAAUGCGUCCAAAGGAUCUGUGGAAAAGACUGAUGAUCAAAUUCAGAGGAGAGGAAGGAUUGGACUAUGGAGGAGUAGCUCGGGAGUGGUUAUACCUGCUGUCACACGAGAUGUUGAACCCAUAUUACGGCCUGUUCCAAUACUCCAGAGACGACAUCUACACUCUGCAGAUUAACCCAGACUCUGCCGUCAACCCAGAACACCUGUCCUAUUUCCAUUUUGUGGGUCGUAUUAUGGGCAUGGCGGUGUUUCACGGCCACUACAUCGACGGAGGCUUUACGUUGCCGUUCUACAAGCAGCUGCUCGGAAAACCAAUCACGCUGGACGACAUGGAAUCUGUCGACCCCGACCUCCACAACAGCCUUGUUUGGAUCUUGGAUAAUGACAUCACAGGCGUCCUGGACCACACCUUCUGUGUGGAACAUAAUGCCUAUGGGGAAAUCAUCCCACACGAGCUGAAGCCCAAUGGGAAGAGCAUCCCAGUGACAGAAGAGACCAAGAAGGAGUAUGUCAGACUUUAUGUAAACUGGCGUUUCCUUCAUGGUAUCGAAGCUCAGUUUCUGGCCCUCCAGAAGGGCUUCAACGAAGUCAUCCCACAGCACCUGCUCAAAGCCUUCGACGAGAAGGAGUUAGAGCUGAUCGUGUGCGGCCUGGGAAAGAUCGACAUCAACGACUGGAGGUCCAACACUCGUCUGAAGCACUGCACCCUAGACAGCAACAUUGUCAAGUGGUUUUGGAAGGCUGUGGAGUCGUUUGAUGAGGAGCGGAGGGCCCGGCUCCUGCAGUUUGUUACUGGCUCAUCCAGAGUCCCACUGCAAGGCUUCAAGGCUUUACAGGGUGCAGCAGGACCCAGACUCUUCACCAUUCAUCAGAUUGAUGCCAACACCAAUAACCUGCCCAAAGCUCACACCUGCUUCAACCGGAUCGACAUUCCUCCCUACGAGAGCUACGACAAACUGUACGACAAGCUACUGACGGCGAUCGAGGAGACGUGCGGCUUUGCAGUGGAAUGAGGCUACGUGUCGUCUGACGCAGUCGUGCUGGACUCUGAUGAAACCUUGCCGCUUUAACACCUCCCCCUCCCCCCUCCGAGGACCCCAGCCUACAGUCUUCCUCCUCUCCCACCCACUUCCACGUUCCUCCAUCAUCUGUUCAAACUGCAGCUGCAUCCUGUCUUUUCUUUGGUCUCGGUUCUUUAUUUUUUGCUCUCAUAAAAAAAUAAAAUAAUUUAAAGGUUUUUAGGAAAUUGUUACCAGCUUCAAAAAUGUACCAUUGACACAUAAGAACAAUUUGCUCAAGCUACUGAAUCUGUAACACUGCAGGUAGCUGAGUCAUUCCAUUAGUAGCCAUCUUGGUCUCAGUUUAUCCCUCUAAGUCCUCAUGGCUGCAGAGCUGGUGUUCCUUCAUCCUGCUGGAGCACCUUGGAUUCACCCUACCUCAGUAUUUGAAGUUAUUCAUCCUAAAAUGCUGUGGAGCAGCUUAACAUUUUAAUGAAUUGUUUCUUCACACCAGCAGUCAUUUAGUACUUAAAAAAA